UUCAGUGGAAGGUAAGCUCAUUUCGAAAGCCAGCAAUAUAUAAAGGGACGUGUUAUUAAAGGAAAGGAUGUCAUUAUUCAGCAAAGGAUUCCCAGAGUCGGAGUGAAUAUAGCAUGGCCGUAUCUCUCCCUCACGCAGAAAUCUUCUUUCAAGGAGCAAACACGAAAGAUAAUACACGAGCUAACCACUGUGCAACCUCCUCCAACAGUAGUGGGGCCAACUUAUAUCUCGUAUCGGAUCCGAAUCCAAGAGCGAACCGAAAUAUCUCGUCUUCCGAAAGUGAGAUUCUUUUUGGGAAUCGCCUAGACAGAGGAGCAGAACAGCUAAACUUCAUGCAUAACGAUUUACAACCCUCAAACAUUAUUGAUCAGAACGAUGUAAGUGCCGUUCACUCUCAGUUUCUCACUCCAAGAAGAGAAGACUUUGCCGGUGUACAGCUCUCUGAAGAAAAAAUGGACGACUUGGAACAUUGGGUGGGGGGGGGGGGUCGGUCUUUACGCCUUUGAACCCAGAUAGCAGCAUCUGCUCGGAGUAGCUUCCAGCAGAGAGACUAGCUAUUAUGUGAUUUGGCUUAUUUGACAGUUUUGCAUGAAAUUGAGAUAGCAACCAAGUGAAAUAAAUGAUUGCUGAGUUAGAGUCGAACAAGACGAUACGCAAGAUGGUGCUGCUGCACUAGUCUUACUGCCUGACUCAGGGCAUCAUCUAUCUUACCCCGACGGAUCAUCUAUCUCACCCCGACGGAAAAG